AUGCAGGGGAGUGUUGAACAGAGGCUAAAUGGGACGGGCCAAGAAUUCGAAUUGGAGGCCCAAAUAAGCCGGGAUCUCUACACCCACCUGAAUGUCACCGGACAUUUGCAAGAAGACGGCGCCGGAUUUCAAGAUUCCGAAGAUGAGGAGGAGGAGGAAGAGGAAUUCUCCUUCGACUGCGGCGAGCCGAGCACGUCACCGAUCGCGGCAGAGGACGCGUUCGCCGACGGCAAGAUCAAGCCAGUUUACCCGCUCUUUGGCCGGGAUUCUCCGUUUUCCGGCGAGGGUCCGGCGGGUCUUCCCCUGAACCCGCCGGUGAGGAAAAUUUUCGUGGAGGCAGACGGCGGAGGUGGGGUGGGGCCAUCCGGGGCGGGGAGCGACGAGAUCGUCGGGCCGGUGUGCGAGUGGUCGAGCCGGAAAGCGGUGGAGGCAUCGCCGGCGGCGGCGGGUCAGGUCUGCAAAAAGAGCAACUCGACCGGGUUCUCCAAGAUCUGGCGGUUCAAGGAACUGGUCGGGAUCCGGUCCAACAGCGACGGGAGGGACGCGUUCGUGUUCCUGAACGGUGGCGGCGGCGCGCCGGCGGAGGAGCGGGCGGAGCCGACGCCGGCAGGUGUGAAAACGAGGAAAGAGGGGAAGAAGGGCGGGAAAGGGGCGAAAAAGACGGCGUCAUCGGAGGCGGCCCACGAGGUGUAUUUGAGGAGUAAGGCUAAGGAGGAGGAGCGGCGGCGGUCGUAUUUGCCCUACCGGCCGGAGCUUGUGGGGUUCUUCACCAACGUCAACGGUGGGUUGACCAAAAAUGUUCAUCCAUUUUGA